AUGAUGAACUUUGAAGUUAGCAGUACCAAACAAAUUGGUGUUGGUCUCACCGCUUUCGGUGUAUUUUUCAUUUUUCUUGGUGUACUUAUGUUCCUCGAUGCAGCCUUGCUAGCUAUAGGGAACCUUCUCUUCAUCGUUGGAAUAACGUUUGUGAUAGGAAUUCAACGAACCCUUGUAUUCUUUUUUGAGAUUCGGAAGCUCAAGGGAAGCAUUCUUUUCUUUGGAGGUAUUUUCAUAGUUCUGUUUGGUUGGCCUCUUGUUGGAAUCAUCUUGGAGUUCUGGGGAUUCGUUCUGCUCUUUGGUGGAUUCCUUCCGGGUAUUGUGAACCUGCUCCGAAGUAUACCUGGUGUUAGCACAAUUACGUAUCUCCCUGGAAUCAAACAGGUAAGCAGAAGUUUAGCUUUGUAUUAA